AUAGGAGCCGUAUAAAAUAAGUGUGUCUAUAUAAUGCUACAUCAUUGGAACUCCUCGCCUUGACCAUGUUCCUCAGUCAGCAUAUCGCGGUGCUUUUGCUCUGGCUUUGCUUCGUUAUUCUCAGCGUGCAUGGCAAUCCGUGGCGCUGGGGACCUGCCUCAAAUACUGGACCCAUCGGUGGACCCGCCUGGAAUGGAGGCGAUGAAUCCACCGAUAAUAUAGUCAUACAUUCGAAGGGAAACAGCAAGUGGCGUUACUGAUUUCAACCAAAUGGGGAAAGCGUGACCAGUAAAUGCAUAAAUCAUUUUUAAAAUUUUUUCCUUUGAGCCGAUUUUCCUAGAAGUUUACUUACCGCAUACGAUAAUACUAAAUUUAAUGCCAUACUCAAAUAAAUUAACAGUAAUGAAUAAAUACCACUGUGGAAUCUGAAAAU